AUGGCAUCUUCUUUACGGGAACCUCAGUCACGGGAUUGCAGAGUAGAUGAUUCCCGCAAAGUGCAAGUCACUAUUUUGGCUUCUGAAUGGGGAUCAAGCAAAGGGGGACUUUCCACCAUCAACAGAGAGUUAGCCAUUCAGUUGGCCAAAUACCCUGAAGUGGAAAUCACUGUCUUUUUACCGCAAUGUAGUAAAGAGGACAAGAAGUUAGCCCUGAGGUAUAACGUAAAGAUCGUUGAAGCAACCCCCCUGUCUGGCUUUGAGCAACUGGACUGGCUUUGCUUUCCGCCUGAAGAUUUGCAAAUCGACAUUAUCGUAGGUCAUGGAGUUAAACUCGGUAAACAGGCACAAAUCAUUAAAAGAUCUAAAAGGUGCAAAUGGGUUCAAGUGGUGCACACAGAUCCAGAGGAACUUGGAAUGUUCAAAAACUAUUCAGAUCCAAUUUCAAAAGGCGAGGAAAAGCACAAGAUCGAAGUAGAACUGUGUGAAAUGGCAGAUCAUGUUGUUGGGGUUGGUCCUAAGUUGAGCGAGGCCUUUCGCUCCUAUCUUCGCAGCUGCCAAAAAGAUGACAAUGUCCUUGACUUAACUCCAGGAGUAUUUGUAGAAUUUGAGGCUGUGAAGCAGGCUCUGAACGAAAGGCAACAACACAGUGUCUUGGUAUUUGGUCGUGGAGACGUAGAGGAUUUCGAAUUGAAAGGAUUUGACAUCGCUGGGAAAGCAGUUGCUGAGUUAGAAGAUACUCGUCUUGUCUUUGUUGGGGCUCCAGAUGGAAAACACGAAGAAAUAGCAAAACGGUUGACCGAAUGUGGUGUCCCUCCAAGUCGCUUGAGAGUAAGAGGAUUUGUUCAAGAUCGAGAGAGUCUAAGGCGCUUGUUUCAAGAAGUGGAUCUUGUUGUCAUGCCUUCAAGAACAGAGGGCUUUGGAUUGACAGGGCUGGAGGCCUUGUCAGCUGGUCUGCCUGUGCUUGUCAGCCGCAACUCCGGUUUUGGAGAAGCUUUACGCGGUGUACCUUUUGGAUCAACAUAUGUAGUGAACUCAGAGGAACCGGCAGAUUGGACCUCUGCUAUCAAAACAAUCUGGGUCAAGGACAGGAGAAGUCGGCUUGAGGAAGCGGAAACUUUGCGCGAAUCCUAUGGCAAGAAAUACAACUGGGCCAAACAGAUAAAGGAUUUCAUUGACAAGAUGAUCUGUUGGGUUUACGGUAUGAAUGUCAAUUUUCUUUUUUAUGAAAAAAAAAAAAACACUUUUCAUACAUUGCACGAGGAAUAAUAGAACGUGGACUCUAAGAAGAAAUUAAAAUAAAGAAACAAAACCAACUUUGAGUAAUAUCCGCUUCAUUUUUCUCCCGGCUGAGAUCUUGGAAAAAGGCGAUUACAAAGUUUUACGUUACAUGUAGGCAAACACAGUAAAGUAAUAUUGACCCAAUCCGUCUAUCAUAUGCUUUGUCCCUAGUUCACUGGCUUAUGUGAUUAUUCCAUGCAUCCGCAUUUACCAAAACAGCCUGUUGUUAUCUACUCUUUUUUAUCAACAGAUGAUACUCUAAAUUACCAGAGGUCUUCAGAAACAAAGCGCAGAAUUUUUUCAUCCACCGAUAAAUCUUCUCAGCGAAUGGAGGAGACAACUGUAGACCCUGAAGGUAUCCCCGAUGACUUGAUAAUAAUCAGCGUAAUACUAGUCUUGAAUGGUGUUGCUGGUCGAAAGUGUUCUUUGUUUAUUAAAAUGGUUAGCAUUAUUUGAAUCGGUUUUUUUUUCUAAGUCCAUGCCUUACGCAUGCGUGGAUGAACGAUAACUAAGUUCACUUGCAUGACUUAUACAUACCGCUCAGGCAGAACGGUUGGCUUUGGUCUGUCUCGAACUGGUCUAGGAUUUCGCUCUUUCUCCGUGUAUUAAGUUCAAGAACAUUUAAACUUCUAGAGAGGGAAAAGAAAAAAAGAAUAUGCUGCUUGUGAGAACACGUGCUAUUUGCGUACUUUUCACUGUACAAAUUAUUGGAUCACAUUAUGCCUAGAAAGCUACCAAAAGUGUCUUUCAGGGGCACCCAACGACGGUUUCCUCCUACAAACAUUGAAAACACUUUUAAGGCUAUCCUUAGCCCUUUUAGAUAUCUAGGAAUGUAUUCUAAGCGGGGCUUUAAAAUUUGUGCCUGCCCGAUAAUCCUAGGGGAACUUGAGCCCAUUCGAAAGUAAAAGGGCUUAAGUAUUAUUUUCCCGAAAAUUUUACGUGCAGUUUGAGGUAUUACGAAAGUGAGAAUUUUUCUGAUUCCUCUCUCCUUCACAUUUUUGAAUCCGGGAGUAAAAUGCGAAAAAUUAAACUUCAGAAAAUCGUAGGGAAAUUAUUGGAUGCACUUCGAAAAAUGUACAACAGUCGUUGGGUGCCCCUGGUUUGCCAAAAUAUCUGUUUGGAGAAGGAAAUAUUUCUUACAAAUUUUAGGAUCGUGUUUUUACCCCAUACAAACACUAAUUUUACUGGAACCGUCCUGUGGUACUAUCCCAAAGCCUGGGUUACCUGUCAGGUCACCGUAUUAGACGCUUCCGUAGUUCUUUCUUAUAGUCUCUUAUAGGCGAGUUAGAACGGGGCGUGCGACGAAGACCAGCCACUACUUUCAAACGCCUGCUACGCUGGUUAGCUACAAGUUAUGUAAUUGACUAUUGUACAGUAUUUUGGAAUAGUAGUGUUUUAUUUUUGAAACUGUUUAUAUUAGCUAAUCAGUGUGAAGAAUUAGGACUGUAUAUAAUGGUGACUCUUGUUGUUGGUUGUAGGCUCCUCUUCAGUUUUAAAGUCCACUCAAGGGAAAACCAAUUAUUCUCGUCUAUGUCGCCUGCUGAUCAGCAUAGGCUCGCGAGUGCUUGGAGAUACAUUCGAUAGCAUUAUUCCACCGGAGAAUCUUCGAGAAUUGUUGAAAAGUGACCCGGUGCACUCCAGACUACAGUUACUGCGAAAGAAAGGAGUCCUUUCUUCAGUUCAUUGNGGGCUUAAGUAUUAUUUUCCCGAAAAUUUUACGUGUAGUUUGACGUAUUACGAAAGUGAGAAUUUUUCUGAUUCCUCCUCUCCUUCACAUUUUUGAAUCCGGGAGUAAAAUGUGAAAAAUUAAACUUCAGAAAAUCGUAGGGAAAUUAGUGGAUGCACUUCGAAAAAUGUACAACAGUCGUUGGGUGCCCCUGGUUUGCCAAAAUAUCUGUUUGGAAAAGGAAAUAUUUCUUACAAAUUUUAGGAUCGUGUUUUUAUCCCAUACAAACACUAAUUUUACUGGAACCGUACUGUGGUACUAUCCCAAAGCCUGGGUUACCUGUCAGGUCACCGUAUUAGACGCUUCCCUAGUUCUUUCUUAUAGUCUCUUAUAGGCGAGUUAGAACGGGGCGUGCGACGAAGGCCAGCCACUACUUUCAAACGCCUGCUACGCUGGUUAGCUACAAGUUAUGUAAUUGACUAUUGUACAGUAUUUUGGAAUAGUAGUGUUUUAUUUUUGAAACUGUUUAUAUUAACUAAUCAGUGUGAAGAAUUAGGACUGUAUGUAAUGGUGACUCUUGUUGUUGGUUGUAGGCUCCUCUUCAGUUUCAAAGUCCACUCAAGGGAAGACCAAUUAUUCUCGUUUAUGUCGCCUGCUGAUUAGCAUAGGGUCGCGAGUGCUUGGAGAUACAUUCGAUAGCAUUAUUCCACCGGAGAAUCUUCGAGAAUUGUUGAAAAGUGACCCGGUGCACUCCAGACUACAGUUACUGCGAAAGAAAGGAGUCCUUUCUUCAGUUCAUUGGAGGAAAUUGUACCCCGCCACACCCACUGAAGUGUCAUCUGCAAGCUUUGAUAUCCCCCUCUUGAUUGUGCUUCUAAGGACAAUCUGUAAUCUGAGUCCUCCACCCGCUGGCUGGGACACACCUCCUCUUACAUCAGACACCAGUCGCGAGUCUGACAUUGCGCGCAUUAAGUACUUUAUGAACGCCGUAUCCAAACAUGCCACGGAGGGCUCUGUGAGUGAUGCUGUAUUCAGUAGCUACUGGCAGCAUAUCCGUGACACACUAGUACGAUUGGGUGGAGCUGAUUAUGAAGAUCUCAUUGAUGAAUUUAAAGACCAGGAAAUUGAAUUCCUCGAUGAGGAACAUUUCAGAGAACUUCUCAAGCAGUGGAAGAAGGUAGAAGACGACAUCAGAGACAGGCUGAAUGAAGUGGAAAGUGAAGAAGCUUCUAAAGAGAAAGGUAUGCUAUGCAGUAGGCCUUGUUAGGAGAUACAACCCUGCCAAUUGGUAGGUUUUAAACUCUUAACACUGCGAAUUUAGGGUGGUUUGGUUAACAGGGAAUAUACUUUAUGUAUCUAUGGAAAAGUCGCCGGAUCCAGCAAUUGCUUCCAUACAAGACCUUAUUUAUAAUUCGUUAGACGUUCCAGCACCUUUAAAAUGUUAGUUUUAUGUGUCAGUAACUUCAAAAUUACCUAUCGAGGGAAUACUCUCGUACACCUUCCAUCUCUUGGAAUUGUUUAAGUUGCUUCCCAUUAAGCAGGUCACGGAUAAGCAGGGCAGAACAGUGUAGGAUCAGUUGAUCCUGAAAAAUUUGGAAUUUCAAGCUGCGUUAAGGGUCAUACCAAUUAUUAACAUAAAGAUUCUUUCGGCUAAUUUUACCGUUAUUUUCUUGGAGAUUUCAAGUGAUCUUGUGGUAAUUAAGCCACUAAGUGAAUUUAAGUGUAUCACGUUAUUAAGCUUUGUGUAAUGUUUUGUGGGGCCUCCAUUGUGCCGUAUUUCAAGGUCUCCUCAUUUAAUUCUUGACUUGUUCAUGCAGAUCCCCGAGCGGCGAGUGGUGCUAGUGGUCGCAUUGGACCUGGUGUUGAUGGGCCUUCGGAUCUAACCAAGCAGACUUUUCAUGACCAAGGUAUACAACUACUAAGCCUGUUAAUGUAGCAACUACCUACUCCCAGUGUUAACAAGGUGAUAGCGUCGAAUCGAAAAAUAUAAUUACAGUCAUGUGCAUGUCCGUAUUAUUAGAGAGAGGUCUGUUUACAGGGAGUCAACUAAAAGGAGUAAUCAAGGUAGGGACGAACUCUUGGUGUCACUUUUAGCCAGGUGCUCGUGUUAUAGAAGUGUCCAUAAGAGAGAGUUGACUCUACUCAGGAGCGUUUUUUUUUCAUUUGAGUAUAAAGAAUGUGGUUAUAAUAUGUAGUCGUGCAUUGUAUGGUCUUAAGGCGGGAUUCCACUUCAAGCUGUAAUUCUUUGAUUCAUUGCCUUUAGCUAUUCAGCAACAAACUGUUAUCUAAAUUGCUCUAGUUCUGUCAAAAUCACCCAGAGUUUUUUCAAAGAACGUUAAAAGGAGUAUAACCAUCUGACAUACCCUUCAUACUAUUAGUUUCCAUUCUUAUUCUCAUCCAUUUCAUUAAACAGAUUACUCAAACGCCCAGAGCUCCUCAGAAGCAAACAACAGAACUUGUCAUCAGACAGAAGGCCUGACUGAGCACCAUGGGGGUAUUCAGCUUUAGAGACUUUAAUAGAUUGUAAUAAAUGUAUUUGUAAAUUUACGGGAAAAAAUUGUUUUACAGUUCAUAUCACUGUCUAAUAUAGUUUGAAUAUGCAAGUACUUCAAAGGUUAUUUCUUGAGGGCAUAAUUAAGUGUACCAUAUUGAAAACAAAUGUUAAUCCAAUGUAGAGGGAACUUGUUUUUGCUUUUCCUAAAAUGGAGGUGAAUUCCCCCACGACCCACUCCUCCGUAAGUUUAUACAAGUAAAACUGCGAAGUUUGUUACCGCAUACAUAUGUAGGCCAAACUUUUCAACGAGAAGUAGGCGGUGAAGAAUUUCGCUCUUCGCGUUUUUCACCACGCCAAUUUUACCACUUCUCCCCCCUAACUUUUGAACGCUUUCCUUGCAGGCAACAGUUUUGGAGGACGUGAGAAAUUUUUUCAGCAAAAGUUGACUUCCUUUACUAACAUAUUGAACAACUAAUGAAUAUAAUUUAAAACAAACCAAAUUAAAUGCGGCUUUUAUUUUUUCCUAGGUCCAAGUUUGCAGUACCCAACCGAUGUGAUACAAAAGAUCCGUCAGCUCUACAAAACACGUGAACGACGCCUUCUGCCCGUCCCUUGGUUGGACGAGUUUAGCUUUCAUAUCAAUGAUAUUUUUACCAGAUUAAAAAUCUUGGGCAAAGAAAAAACUCAAGGAGUACUUACUAACGAUAUAACCAAUAUGACUGCCAUCUUUAAGGCGCACGCAGAAUGCCAAAGGCCACGAACAGUCUUGAUCGAAGGAGAUCCUGGUAUGGGAAAAACUACGUAUUGUCAAAAGCUGGCGUAUGAUUGGGCAACUAAGCAGAACGAAUGGGACCCAUCUUUUCCAGAGAUUGAAGUGCUCCUGCUUCUCAAAUGUCACGAAAUUAAAUCUGACAUCUGGGAAGCUAUUGAUGAUCAAAUUCUUCCCGAGGAAAUGGAUGAUGCAGCUAAGGAAUGCUUCUUUAAAUUCAUACGUGAAAAUCAGUCCAAGGUUCUUUUAGUUCUCGAUGGACUAGACGAAGCGGAUCCGAGUAACCUCAAGAUGUUCUAUAACCUUAUUGAAGGUAAACAACUGUCAGGUUGUUACAUUGUUUUCACAUCUCGUCAUGAGGCUGGAAAGAAUGCAAGGCAGUACUGUGACACUCUGUGGGAGAUUGUAGGAUUUACCCAAGAAGAUGCAGAAUGCUUUAUUCAUAAAUACUUUAAAAACGUUAGAAAGGAGCACUUAGCCAGGAAACUUAUAGAAAAGGUAUGGCAUGAGGAUGGGGACCUGCAAGAAUUGAUAAAAAAUCCCUUAAACACUGCCUUACUGUGUGUUAUUUGUGAGGAUUUUGAGGGCAUAUUUCCAACGAGAAGAACCCAAUUGUACAUUGAGAUUGUUCUUUUUGUUUUAAGAAGAUAUGAACAAAAGAAAGGAUUAUCGAGCGAGAACGAAGACCUCUUGACCGUCUAUAGAGAAGACUUAUUACUUCUUGGAGAAAUGGCGUUACAGUCUCUUCAAAAAAGAGAGUUGUACUUUGAAGAAAAUAAAUCAGGCGGUCGCUUCAUCGUCUUAUCCGAGUACGGAUUCCUUUCACUUCAGGCUGCUGGCAGUAAGAGGAGAGUUCGUGUGCGUUACGCAUUUCUUCAUAAGAGCUUUCAAGAGUUCUUUUCUGGUUUUUAUCUUGCUUGCAAGUUUAUUGACGGAGAUAUGGACUUGAAAUCAGUAGUGACUGACCAAAGACAUGAAGAUGAACUAUACCAAGUCUUUCUAUUUACGAUUGGAAUCUUAGCUUCAACGAGUGAGAAAACCGCAGACUCUUUCGCAGAAAGUAUCGCUGAAAACAUUAAUUUAAAAAGUCUUGAGACUUUUGACAUUUCAAAACGUUUUCUAUUUGCUGUCGAUUGUUUAUCAGAGUACGAAAGUUUAGUUCACACCUUCGGGAGGCACCUUAAUUUUACCCAUUUAGAUAUUUCCAUCAAGUAUAAAUUGCACAAUUCUCCUGUGCCUUUUAGUGAUGCUAGGGCUGCGUCUCUUUCUCGGGUUCUUGCAUCCAACUCUUCAAUAACUUAUUUGAAUUUGCGUGGGAAUAUGAUUGAUGAUGCUCGUGCAGCGUCUCUUUUCCAGGCUGUCGCAGACAACUCCUCCUUAACUGAGUUGGUUGUGAGUGGGAACAGUAUUAGUAAAACUGGUGCUGCGUUUCUUUCUCAGGCUCUCACAGUCAACGCCUCCUUAACUAAUUUGGAUUUGAGUGAGAACUACAUCGGUAAAUCUUGUGCUGCCUCUCUUUCCAAGGCUCUAGUAGUCAACGCCUCCCUAACUAAUUUGGAUUUAAGUUGGAACAGAAUUAGCAAUUCAGGUACUGCGUCUCUUUCCCAGGCUCUCGCAGACAACUCCGCCCUGACUAAUUUGUAUUUGAGUGGGAACAGUGUUGGUGAAUCUGGUGCUGCAUCUCUUUCCCAGGCUCUCGCACUCAACGCCUCCUUAACCAAUUUGGAUUUGAGUAGAAAUAGCAUUGGUAUUACUGGUGCUGCAUCUCUUACCCAGGCUCUUGCAGUCAACUCCUCCUUAACUAGUUUACAUUUGCGUGGGAGCAGCAUUGGUGAAAGUGGUGCCGCGUCUCUUUCCCAGGCUCUUGCAGUCAACUCCUCCUUAACGAAUCUGGAUUUGAGUUGGAACAGUAUUCGUAAAACUGGUGCUACGUCUCUUUCCCAGGCUCUCGUAGUCAACGCCUCCUUAACUAAUCUGAAUUUGAGUGGGAACCAUAUCGGUGAAAGUGGUGCUGCUUCUCUUUCCCAGGCUCUCGUAGUCAACGCCUCCCUAACGAAUUUGGAUUUAAGUUGGAACAGAAUUAGCAAUUCAGGUGCUGCGUCUCUUUCCCAGGCUCUUGCAGUCAACUCCUCCUUAACUAAUUUACAUUUGCGUGGGAACAGUAUUGGUGAAAGUGGUGCUGCGUCUCUUUCCCAGACUCUUGCAGUCAACUCCUCCUUAGCGAAUCUGGAUUUGAGUUGGAACAGUAUUGGUGAGUCUGGUGCUUCAUCUCUUUCCCAGGCUCUCGUAGUCAACGCCUCCUUAACUAAUGUGAAUUUGAGUGGGAACCAUAUCGGUGAAAGUGGUGCUGCUUCUCUUUCCCAGGCUCUCGUAGUCAACGCCUCCCUAACUAAUUUGGAUUUAAGUUGGAACAGAAUUAGCAAUUCAGGUGCUGCGUCUCUUUCCCAGGCUCUCGUAGUCAACUCCUCCGUAACUUAUUUGGAUUUGCGUAGGAACAGUAUUGGUAAUUCUGGUGCUGCAUCUCUUUCCCAGGCUCUCGCAGUCAAGUCCUCCUUAACUUAUUUGAUUUGA